AUGAAAUUGCACGGCUUUUUAUUUUCCGUAUUAUCAACAUGCGUCGUCAUUUUACCAGCGUUGGCCUACAGUGAAGCUGUCACGAUGGUCAAGUCGAUUGAGCAGUACUUCGAUAUCUGCAAUAGGAAUGAUUCUUACACAAUGAUAAAAUACUACACUUCUUGGUGCCAACAUUGUAAAACUCUGGCCCCAGUAUACGAAGAGCUUGGUGAGCUAUACGCCAAAAAAGCUAAUAAAGAUGAUACCCCAAUUAACUUCCUUGAAGUUAACUGUGAAUUCUUCGGGCCAACUUUAUGUACCGACUUGCCUGGAUUUCCAAUAAUUGAACUGGUCAAACCUCGUACUAAGCCCUUAGUUCUUCCGAAGCUCGAUUGGUCGUCUAUGAAAUUUCAUGAAAGACUAUGGCAAAGAAUCAAGACGUGGUUCAACAAUCCUAAGUACCAACUGGAUACGUCUAGGGUUGUUCGUUUUGAAGGGAGUAGGAACCUAAAGAGUUUAAGCAACUUUAUCGAUACUGUAAGAAGUAAAGAUACAGAAGAAAGAUUCAUAGAACAUAUUUUCGAUGAUUCUAGGAAUUGCAAUGAAGAAUUACGUUCUCAACAGCUUCUGUGUAAAGCUGGUAAAGAAUACUACUCUGAUACUUUAUCUAAAUUAUACGGUGACGUGAAUGGGCUGGAAAAGGAAAGGCGAAGACUAGAAGCUUUAAUUAAGCAAAAUGGAGAUGACUUGAGUAAAGAAGUUAAAGAAAAACUGAAAAUCAUUCGUCUACAAUUGAGCCUAUUAUCACACAUAGAAGACCAGUUAGAAGAUACCAGUAGUCAUGACGAGCUUUGA